AUGACGCAUGUCAGCUCAAACUGUGCUGAUCAGAACCUCCACAAGUCAACGAUGCGCAACGGCGAAGAAUUCGAGAGGCACAGCGGCUACCUGACCGCAGCCUCAUGGUUGGCGCGAGAUGUCGACAAUGAAACCCUUAUUUUCCGAAAGUUCGAUACGUUGUCUGCCGCAAACCUGCUCUACAUGCAGAGCGAGAUUCUCGAGUUGGAAAAGCGUCUCGAGCAUAUGCAUUUAAUUACCGUACAGAGCGACGAUAUGGAUUUAAGAGAUGCCGCGAGCACGUGGGAGACGCUCAUUGAGCAGUCCCGAGCGGGCGCAACGAGCUUCCGACAGGAUGCCAAAGCAAGAAUGGAUCUCAUAAGAGAACUACGCGAAAGGCUUCGCGAAUACCGUAAUUAG